AUGUUGGUGAAGACAGAGAGACUUAUGGAGUCUGCAAAUUUCCACCAACAACAUCACGAUCAUCAGCCUCUACCGGACUCUUCUUGCUAUGGACUUUCUUGGUCCCAAAAUCCCAUUUUGAACAAUACGAGCAAUGAUACAAACUCAAGAGAUCAAAAGCAACACCUGGGCACUACUCCUAUGGUACAUGAGUUGGGAUUACCAUGGAAUACCAACAACAAUAGCAAUGUGACAAGCAUUAAUAAUCCUAUUGAAAGCUUCAUGACCCAUGAAUUGCGGCGUCUGGGAAGAAGCAAAGAUGAAUUCUCAGGCUCAGAAUCAUAUCCAAAAUUUACAGAAAUGAUAAACAGUAGCCCAACAUCCAGUAUCGAAGAUAUGCAGUUAAAGCCUGAUGUGUUGUUUAGAACAUUCUCGAAUGGGUGUCAAAUAAAAGGAGGACAGCAGCUUAUAGAUCAGUUCCCAGAUGAUAGUUCAAAUUAUCAUUACCAAAAUGGUUCUAGUCGAAGUGCAUCAAGAGGGAGUUUUAGCCAGAUUUUUCCGUCGAUAAAUAUUUCAAAUUUGAAUCAAUCCCCAGCAAAUUCUUUUGAUAUGAACUUGCCUGCUUUGGAUCUGUUUGGUUCGCCAAGAUUUAAUGGGACCUUUAGCCAUCCUUCUUCAUUCAAUCCUCAUCAACUUGGAAGCUUUUUCAAAGACACUUGUUUGUCAUAUGGGCUUGAUCAGAUGCAUCAACCUCAUAGGCCAGCAAUUUGCCCUACUAAAAUAUCAUCAGCCUUCAACACUAGUACUACAAGUUGUACAGAAGCAAAGAGACCAGCUACCAAUUACAUGGACACAAAGGCUCCUCAAUCCACACUACCAAAGAAAUCAAAAAUGGAGCCGCGUGCCUCUUGCGCACCUUUUAAGGUUAGAAAGGAGAAAUUAGGAGACAGAAUUGCAGCCCUUCAGCAGAUGGUGGCACCUUUUGGGAAGACAGACACAGCUUCGGUGCUAAUGGAGGCUAUUGGAUAUAUCAAAUUCUUACAAAGCCAAGUCGAGACGUUAAGCGUGCCAUACAUGAAGUCAACACAAAAGUCCAACAGAUUACCGACAUCAGGGGUUUCAAUGGAGGAUGGAAACGAAGAGGCAAAAAGAGAUCUAAGAAGUCGAGGAUUGUGCCUGGUUCCAUUGUCGUGCUUGUCAUACGUUACUGAUGGAGGUGGAGGUGUUUGGCAAGCUCCAUAAUUAAUUUUAAGUCGUCAGGUUCGAUCAGCUAGCCCUAUCCACUUGAAUAAUUGCAAGUGAUUUGAUCAUAUAUAUUGUAACGAUGGAGAUGAAACUAGCUAGCUAGGGCACAAUGAAGCAUAACAAUGGCUUGAUAAUGAUCUCAAAGUCAUAGCUAACUGAAUGGGUGAAUUAAGAAGGCUUAGGGAGUUUCUGAUCAUAUGCUUUCAUGAAAAACGUGGAGCAAAUUUGGUCAUCUUUUAGAAUAUGAUGUUAAGGGUGGACCACGUUUGAUCCAUUGAUUAGUAAUUGAAUG